CAACAACUAACAAAUCAUUAGAAAAUUCAUGGUAAAAAAUAGACUAUAUUUCCCGUCAGCUGUUUGAAAUUUCUUUCUGCAAAAUUGAGAUAAGUUCAAAAUUAUGAGGUUUAAGUGGGAUACGGGAUGAUAAAGAGGAUCCGAGGAGGCAUGGGAGGCAUAUGGGGAUUGAAAUGUUGGCGUUCGAAUUCGGGAGCGUUCAUACCCUACAUACCGAGUAUCGUCUUCCUCUUCAACUACUUCCUGGCUUUUCACCAACUGGCGUCCAUCGCUUUCCCGAGCAGGGCGAGGAUGUCCUUCAUCUUCAGGUGGGCGAUAUCAGUUUUUCUCCUCUCACACGCAAUAGAUAUCUGGCAGAAAACGAUACUGCUAGUUGAUCUACUCGUGGAGUUGUACUUGACGACAGAACCGCACUAUUUGCGUAUAUCUUGUUUAAAUUUGAAUAUUCCAUUUAUUUACAACGAUUUGACCAAGUUCGUGAUAUUGUUGAUACUUUCCACCCUGCCUCUCUUAAUCAACUGGAUCGUUUUGAGGCAGCAACAGAGCAGGUUCACCUGGUUCGACGUCCGUCGCAGAUACCGGACCGAACUCGGCUCCAGUCGCUACUACCUUUCCAGGCCCUGUUCGCCCUUGGAACAGGAGAAAAGUCGAGGGAGAAUUAAAAAAACACAAAGCGAAGAAAUCAGAAGACCUCUCAGACCUCUUCCUAUAAUUAAAUCGAAGUCUGCUUAAUUUUUAAUAAAUGUCUAUAUCAACUUUUAGAAUUA